AUGGGUUGGCAGCAGGGGCUGAUCCAGAGACAUGCGGGUGGGCAGCUGCGCAUGGUGGUGAUACCAAGGGAGGUGACAGUCUGCUCUAAUGGAGCAGCCUCUCCUGCUUGCCUUUCCAAUCCCCAGGAGAAGAUCGAAUACGCCUUCCUGAUCUUCUUUGCCAUUGAGGCGAUGCUCAAGAUAAUUGCCUACGGAUUUCUUUUCCAUACGGAUGCCUAUCUCCGAAACGGCUGGAACGUGCUCGACUUCUCCAUCGUGUCCCUAGGGCUUAUCACCAUGACCCUGGAGCAGGUCAAUGCGAAGCAGGGAGGGACUUCAGGGGGAAAAGGCGGCUUCGACGUGAAGGCCCUGCGAGCGUUUCGUGUGCUGAGACCCCUGCGCCUGGUGUCCGGAGUGCCGAGCCUUCAGGUCGUCCUGAACUCCAUCAUCAAGGCCAUGGUGCCCCUGCUCCACAUCGCCCUGCUGGUCCUCUUCAUGAUCAUCAUCUAUGCCAUUGUCGGUCAAGAGCUCUUCAAGGGCAAGAUGCACAAGACCUGCUACUAUCUCGGGACAGAUGUGAUUGCCACGGUGGCAUCAAAGAAGCCAGCCCCAUGCACCAGCUCUGGCCACGGGCGACACUGCACCAUCAAUGGCACUGAGUGCCGAAGCGGCUGGCCGGGGCCCAACAACGGCAUCACUCACUUCGAUAACUUCGGCUUUGCCAUGCUGACUGUCUAUCAGUGCAUCACCAUGGAGGGCUGGACCGAAGUCCUCUACUGGAUGACAGCCUAUGGUGCUUUCCUGCACAAAGGCUCCUUCUGCAGGAACUCUUUCAAUAUCCUCGACUUGCUGGUGGUUGCUGUCUCCCUCAUCUCCAUGGGAAUCGAGUCCAGUGCCAUCUCAGUGGUGAAGAUCCUCCGGGUGCUGAGGGUGCUGAGGCCUCUGCGAGCCAUAAACAGGGCAAAGGGACUGAAGCAUGUGGUCCAGUGCGUGUUCGUGGCCCUCAAGACUAUCGGUAACAUUGUGGUCGUCACGACAUUGCUGCAGUUCAUGUUUGCCUGCAUCGGGGUCCAGCUCUUCAAGGGCAAGUUCUAUAGAUGCACAGAUCCAUCCAAGAUGACGGAGAAGGAGUGCAGGGGUUAUUUCAUCAACUACGUGGACGGGGACCCCACACAGAUUGAGCUACAGGAGCGUGUCUGGUUGCACAGCAACUUCCACUUCGACAACGUCUUCUCAGCCAUGAUGUCACUUUUCACUGUCUCCACCUUCGAAGGCUGGCCGGAGCUGCUAUACAUGGCCAUUGACACUAAUGCUGAGGAUGCAGGCCCUACCUACAACUACCGGGUGGAGAUUGCAAUGUUCUUCAUCAUCUACAUCAUCCUCAUUGCCUUCUUCAUGAUGAAUAUCUUUGUGGGCUUUGUCAUUGUCACCUUCCAGGAGCAGGGGGAGAGCGAGUACAAGAACUGUGAGCUGGACAAGAACCAGCGCCAGUGUGUGCAGUAUGCACUGAAGGCUCGUCCGCUGCGGCGCUACAUCCCCAAGAACCCCUACCAGUACCAGAUCUGGUAUGUGGUCACCUCCUCCUACUUUGAGUACCUCAUGUUCUUCCUGAUCCUGCUGAACACAAUCUGCCUGGGCAUGCAGCAUUACAACCAGUCUGCAGAAAUGAACCACAUCUCAGACAUCCUCAACGUGGCCUUCACCAUCCUCUUCACCCUGGAGAUGAUCCUCAAGCUCAUGGCCUUUAAAGCCAAGGGCUACUUUGGGGACCCCUGGAACGUCUUUGACUUCCUUAUAGUGAUUGGCAGCAUCAUUGACGUCAUCCUCAGCGAGAUUGACACUGUUCUUGCAUCCAGUGGCGGAUUGUACUGCCUCAGCGGAGGCUGUGAUAGCAUUGACGCCGAUGACAACUCCCGCGUCUCCAUCACUUUCUUCCGACUGUUCCGGGUGAUGCGGCUAGUGAAGCUGCUGAGCCGGGGGGAAGGUGUCAGAACCCUCCUGUGGACCUUCAUCAAGUCCUUCCAGGCUCUGCCCUACGUAGCCCUGCUGAUUGUGAUGCUUUUUUUCAUCUAUGCUGUGAUCGGGAUGCAGAUGUUUGGGAAGAUUGCCAUGGUGGACGGGACCCAGAUCAACCGAAACAACAACUUCCAAACCUUUCCACAAGCUGUGCUGCUGCUCUUCAGGUGUGCAACCGGCGAGGCCUGGCAGGAGAUCCUGCUGGACUGCAGCUACGGCAAGCUGUGCGACCCUGAGUCAGACUUUGCCGAGGGCGAGGAGUACACCUGCGGCACAGGCUUUGCCUACUUCUAUUUCAUCAGCUUCUACAUGCUCUGCGCCUUCCUGAUCAUUAACCUCUUUGUGGCCGUCAUCAUGGACAACUUUGACUACCUCACACGCGACUGGUCCAUCCUUGGGCCCCAUCACCUGGACGAGUUCAAACGGAUCUGGGCUGAGUACGACCCCGAGGCCAAGGGCAGGAUCAAACAUUUGGAUGUAGUGACUCUGCUGAGACGUAUCCAGCCUCCCCUGGGCUUCGGGAAAUUCUGCCCACACCGUGUAGCUUGUAAGCGUCUAGUGUGCAUGAACAUGCCCCUGAACAGCGAUGGUACCGUCACCUUCAAUGCAACCCUCUUUGCGCUGGUGAGGACAGCCCUCAAGAUCAAGACAGAAGGUAACUUUGAGCAGGCCAAUGAGGAGCUCAGAGCCAUUAUCAAAAAAAUCUGGAAGCGAACGAGUAUGAAGCUUUUGGACCAGGUCAUCCCACCUAUUGGAGAUGAUGAGGUGACAGUAGGCAAAUUCUAUGCUACUUUCCUCAUCCAAGAGCAUUUCAGGAAGUUCAUGAAGCGCCAGGAGGAGUAUUACGGGUACCGGCCCAAGAAGAACCCUGUGGAGAUCCAGGCUGGGCUGAGGAGCAUUGAAGAAGAAGCUGCUCCUGAAAUCCAUCGUGCCAUUUCUGGGGACCUGACUGCUGAGGAGGAGCUGGAAAGAGCAAUGGUGGAGGCUGCCAUGGAGGAAGGGAUAUACAGGAGGACGGGUGGCUUGUUUGGCCAGGUUGACAGCUUCCUGGAACCCAGCAGCCCCCUGCAGCCCCACGUGGCCAGCCAGAGGCCCCUGCAGUUUGUGGAGAUGGGCAGCGAGAACCUCGACUCCCCCGUCUUCCUUGAUGACUUACCCCAGGAAGGCAACACCAAUGUCAACAAUGCCAACAGCAAUGACUGGCUGGAGGGGAUGGAGUACGAGGACGAGGUGCUGAGGAAGACGGUGCCAGCAGCACCCAGGCGUCCAGUGCGGGAGUGCAACCACCCCUUAUCCAUGGAGAGGCUGCAACGGAGGCCAAGCAGGAUGCGAGGGGCCACCUCUGGGGGUCACCCAUCAUCAGGGCUGCAUCUUCUCCCCCAGGAGCUGCCUGGAGAGGAUGGCACUGUGACAGGGACGGCGUCCGGCUCAGGGUACCAGUGGGGUGAAAGCAGUGACCCAAGCACAUCCUCCACCCCGGCCAUCACCUUUCUCAUUCAGGAGGCUCUGAUCUCCGGGGGCCUUGCGGCUCUGGCCCAUGACCCAUCCUUCGUAGCAGUGACCAGGGACGAGAUGGCAGCCAGCAGCCAGCUGGAGAUGGAUGAAGUGGAGAAAGCAGCUGUGGUGCUGCUAAAGGGAAGAGAAAAACUGCAGGGCACAAAAACUGGCUCUGCCCCCCAGGACACCUUGGCCGCAUCACCAGCCAGCUCCCCAGGGCUCAGCACAGCCCCCUCCCAAAAGACCAUCACUGCCACUCGCCUGUGAGCCACCUGCCAAUGCAGCCCAGCGGGCACGGUCCCAUCAGGAGCUUGCAGGGGGUUACUGCUCUGCACUGCUCCCCCUCUCUGCCUGGGGUCCUGGUGGGCUCUGUCCAGCUGCAGGAGGAUUUUUGGGCCGGGUCUCCAGGAUCCUGGUGCAGGACAGGACAAUGCUGUGCCAGCAGGGUCUUGCAAGAGUUGGACAGGUCAUUAAAGUGUUCCUGCUGUGUGACUG